GACUGUCAUUAUCGUCAAAGAAAUGCCUGCCUCCUUCUUAUAGCUCUUUCUCUCCCUCCCUCUCUCCAUCUCUCUCUCUGUGUCUUUCUCUCUCACACACACACUCACACUCUCUCGCACACACUUCUCCCCCACCUUCCCACUUUCUCCUGUGCAGCCGAGGCGCUUUUCGUCUCCAACGCCUGUCUCCAGAAGCAUGUCCUCAGACAUGCAGCCGCGGUGCGAUGAAGCGGACCAAAAGACGCCACCAGCAUGACAGCAUGAAAGCAGUGGCCAUGGCUAUUAACCAUGAAGCUGGAGCCGGACACGCCCAUCGCUUCCUUCUGUCAAAAAGAGCCCCUCUGGUGCUACAUUGAACACACACUCUCCAAGUAUGCCAUCCCAGUGCAAGAAAGCCCAACGGACUGCUUAACACCCGCUGUUCCAUGUGAGUAGGAGGUGGCAACAUAAGACCAAAUGCCAUGGAUGUAUUCAAUUUCACCUACUGGAAUGCCUCUGAAGGCAACAGCACAGAAGUGGUGGAAGAGAGCAAGAGCGCCUACAAGACUGUGGAGGUGGUGUUCAUCGUGUUGGUGGCCGGUUCCCUCAGCUUGGUUACAGUUAUUGGAAAUAUCCUGGUCAUGCUUUCCAUCAAAGUUAAUAGGAACUUACAGACUGUCAACAACUAUUUUUUAUUCAGCCUUGCAUGUGCUGAUCUAAUUAUCGGACUGUGCUCUAUGAACUUGUACACAGUCUACAUCGUAAUGGGGUACUGGCCCCUGGGCCCGGUGGUGUGUGACCUGUGGUUAGCCUUGGACUACGUUGUCAGCAACGCAUCUGUCAUGAAUCUUCUCAUCAUAAGCUUUGACAGAUACUUCUGUGUCACCAAGCCCCUCAGCUACCCUGUCAAAAGGACCACCAAGAUGGCAGGAAUGAUGAUUGCAGCAGCCUGGGUCCUAUCUUUCAUCCUCUGGGCCCCAGCCAUCCUGUUCUGGCAGUUCAUUGUUGGUGGGCGGACAGUGCCUGAGAAGGAAUGCUACAUCCAGUUCUUCUCUAAUGCUGCAGUCACUUUUGGCACCGCCAUCGCCGCCUUUUACCUGCCUGUCAUCAUCAUGAUUCAGCUCUACUGGCAGAUCUCCAGAGCGAGCAAAAGCCGUGUGAAGAAGGAAAACCGCAAGCCAUCAGGAGCCAAUCCAGAGCCCGUGUCGCCUGGCCAGCGGAGUAACAACGUACCAAAACCCAACAAUAACAACGUACCAGGGGAGGACACAGGCCGCUCCCAGAGCCAGAAUGCUGAGGAUGGAGCCAACCAGCAUGAUGGAAAACUGCAAAACGGCAAGGGGCCUUCCUCGACCACUGCUGAGGGAGAAACCGAAGCUGACGACGCGGCGAGGGAGAACUGCGCUGCUGGGGAGGAGAAGGAGAGCUCCAAUGAUUCAACAUCCGGCAGCGUGGCUGCGUCCAAUCAGAAGGACGAGGAGGCAGCAGCCUCCACUGCUAACUCCAGCGCCGAGACAAGCCAGCCACUCCCACGUCAGCGAGCCAAGGCAGGGGGCUCCAAGCUGACCUGCAUCAAAAUCAAGACGAAAUCACCCAAGGGUGACUGCUACACACCGUCCAACGCCACCGUUGAGAUCGUCCCAGCCACCGAGCGGCAGAAUCACGUGGCGCGCAAGAUCGUGAAGAUGACAAAACAACCCCCCAACAAGAAGAAGAAAGGGCCGCCAUCACGGGAGAAAAAAGUGACCCGCACCAUAAUGGCCAUCCUGGUGGCUUUCGUUGCCACCUGGACUCCUUACAAUGUGAUGGUGCUUAUUAACACCUUCUGCUCCAGCUGCAUCCCCAGCACAGUGUGGACUAUUGGCUACUGGCUGUGCUACAUCAACAGCACCAUCAACCCGGCCUGCUACGCCCUGUGCAAUGUCACAUUCAAAAAGACAUUCAAACAUCUUCUUCUCUGUCAGUAUAAAAACAUUCGGUCAGCCAGAUAAAUAUGGGCCACUUAGGAGGAAUAGUCGAAGUAUGAUUUUCCCUGUGUGUGUGUGUGUGUGUGUGUGUGUGUGUGUGUGUGUGUGCGCAUAUUUUAUAUAUAUAUAUAUACAUAUGUAUGUAUACAUAUGUGCGUGUGUGUGUGUGUGUGUGUGUGUGUGUGUGUGUGAAAGAGGUCUGUGAGUGUAAUGAAGACUGCAAGAGAACAUCUGAAAUUACUUUCCAUCAUUUUAUCCUUUUGUUUUCCAGUUUCUCUCUCAAUAACCGGUUGUAGCACUUUACACAAAUCCAACUCACGCCAGUUGCGUUGAGACGUGUCGUGCAGAAGCAGCAUAGAUCAGGGAAGGUUGUGAAAAAUUCAGUUCGACUUGGCUCGAAAAAGCGAGGGCGUGUAAAGCAGGGAGCACUUGGGAAUGACACCGAGCUGAUAAAAAAAUGAGGAAAGAUAAAGAGCAGAGGAAGAUCUGCGCUGUAUGAAAACACAAGACUUCAAAUGGGAAAAUAGGGCUGACUGAAUUUACAAACCUCAGAAGUUUGAAGUUCAGUGAAGAUACCUGUAGAUAACUGUACAUAUCAGUGUAUACUCAAUAUUAAUGUGAGCCCACAUGUGGGUGUGUGCCGGCUCGGAGUGCGUGCGUACACUCAUGUGUGCCCCUCUCAGCCUGCCUUCUUUCUGUCUGUCUGUGAUCCUCAUCAUGGCACUUCCAACCAGCGACAUGUAGAAUAAAGUGGGGCAGUGAACACAGAUUUGCCUCUUACGUAGUCACAUCAGGGUUGGAAGCUAUCCCAUCUACCAAUGAGCCCCUGUGGGAAUGAGUAUCCAUUAAUACAUUAUAGAUAUAUGAAUAUAUUAAAGCUGCACUUCAGCCACAUUACAAAAGAUGCUUUCUGUACUCGGCCGUUUAACCAUGCAGGUGGUUAGGGUGCUUUUAUUUGGCCAAUUAUCCAUCUCCAAAGUUCUGCCUCCACUCCAAAACAAUGGAGAUCAAUGCAGAUGUGUUUGUGCUCACUGGCUACACAUUCCUCACUGAGAAGAGUUUUUCCAUUAGAUCUUCUAAUAGACUUCCAAAUAGAAAGUUUACCUACCACUCAAAUGUGAUUGGCCAAUACUAAUCAGCUUAAAACAGAAACCAGAAUGUGUCCCAUACUAAAAUCUUUGCCAGUCGCCUACAGAAUCUGCAUAUAUAUGCAGACAACUGUCUGUAGCCCAGACAUUAGUGGAUACUCAACCACUAAAUUGGAUCCUACGAGAGAAUAAACCCCCGCUUUGAUUUAAGGAAGAGUGGGACAGUUUGGGAAAUAUGCUUAUUCGCUGUCUUUCCAAGAGUUACAUGAGAAGAUUGAUUCUAUUCAUGUCUUUAGAAAUGAGCUUAGCAUAAAGACUCGGAGCAGGCGGCAACAACUGGCCUAGCUACUUAAAAACAGCUUAGUCUACCUGCACCUUUACAACAAGCCAGCCAUUUUUGGAGGAUGGUGGUUGUUCAGUGAAAGUGUCAAAAAGAAUUGUUAAACAAAACACUCUUCAGUGAAUACAGUCAGACACAAAGGUAGGCUAAUGUUAUGUGUUUCACUUUUCUAGAUACUGGUAGAUCAAUUAUUCAUGAUUAGCCAACGUUUUAUAGCAUUCACUUAGCAUAACAUGAGCUAUCUUUUGUCUGAUUGUGUAGUGUGGCUUGUAGAUCUGAAGGUCAUGUACUCUGGGGUUUGACUGGGGAAGGCGCUGUCACCAAACACCAGGUAGACAACAGUGAUUGUAAAGGGUGGCAAGCUGUCAAGAUCUUUAAGGAUCCAUGUCAUUAAGUAACUUCAAUUUUCUAAUAUAUUAUACAUUUCUGAUGAACGAUAAUUAGACCAGCAGCUACUGUAGCUAUGGAAGCAUAUCCUCCAGAAAUGGCGACAUCACCCAAGAAUGCUUCACUUUCCUAUUCCUAGUAACUCACUAUAUCUCACAUGUUGUAUGUGUAAAAUAACCAAAGUGCGAAACAACAAAUUGUGGUUUUGUAAGAUUUAAGUUAAAGUAUCUCGGGGUCUUGUUCAUGGGUGACGGUAGAAUGGAGCGUGAAAUGGAUCAGCGGUUUGGUGUGGCUUCUGCAGUGAUGCAGGGACUGUGCCAGACCGUUGUGGUGAAGAGGGAGCUGAGCCAGAGGGCGAAGCUUUCGAUUUUGGUGGCUGGGUUCAGCCUUAGACAUAGGGUGAGGAGAAAGCUCGGAGUAGAGCCUCCUUCGAAAGGGGUCAGUUGAGGUGGUUCAGGCAUCUGAUCAGGAUCCUCCUGGGCGCCUCCUGUUAGAGGUGUUUCAGGCAUGUCCCACUGAUAGGAGGCCCUGGGGCAGACCCAGAACACGCUGGAGGGAUUAUAUAUCUCAUCUGGCCUGGGAACGCCUCGGGGUCCCCCAGGAGGAGCUGGAAAGAGUGCCUGGGGAGAGGGACAUGUGGGGUGCUUUGCUUGGCCUGCUACUCCCACGACCUGGCUUCGGAUAAGCAAAUGAAAAUGGAUGAAUUGCCAAAAUCUCCUGAAGUCUUGUUUUCACUAUGAGGCCAAGAAAUAGUCCCUCAUGUAACCACCUUAAAUCCACAACUUGCUGUUUUCACAUUUUUGGUUUCCACAGUAGAAAACUCACUUAGUUCAAACUUCCAUGUAACAUGACAGAUAAUAACCAAAUAGCUGUAAGAACAACAAACAACAGGAGUUUUGACUAAAUAGACGAAAAAAAAAAGAUUGUUCAGUCGCUCUCUUUGAUUCGCCAUCCGUUCACAUCACAUCACGUCAGCUUUUACAACUGCUGACAGGAUGUCUGAUGUUUAUUUCAUGGUGGUUAUUAAGAUGCCUGUGUUUGCUGUCACUGCUAAGAACCUUCCUACUCUGCGAGUGAAACAGGUGGCUGGAGCUCAGAGCUGUGGCUUUGUACGGUCUGUGGGAAGGCAUUGUGUGGUGUGUUUUUCUUUUGGUGUGUGUGGAUGAGUGGGAGACAUCAUAUGAUUCUGCUGAUUAGUAGACUGAUGUCACGGCGUGUACUGUACACACUGUACUGAUGAUGAUUGUGAGGAGUUGUGUGUGUGUUUAUGUGUGUGUGGGAGCUCUUGUGUGUGGGUAUACAUGCUGACGUGUGUUUGCUCCAGGAGUGGAGUUUACUUCUGAUCACAGGUCAUGACCCUGUGAUUUCAAUAAGGGCUAUUACCGCGUCUUUACCGUUCACGUUUUGUAACCCAUCUCCUUUUUUUCACUUGAGAAUUCAUGUUUAUUAAUUACAUGUAAAUCAUUAUACACUUAGAUUAAACAUAAUAAAUAGUUGUGCUUAGUUUAAUUGGAAGAGAAAUAAGAAAACCAAUUUACUGUACAUGUUCUGUGCAUCCAUGCGUGUCAUCCAUCAUUUCAACCUAUUAGACAAUUCUCAGUUACAUUAAUGUAUGCUCACCAGUUGCAGUGAUGAAUAUUCAGGAGCGUUUGUCAUCAGGAGGUUGCCACGGCGGCUGGUGGGGGAGCUCUGCGAAGAAUUACACCAGCACCCAACAGCUCCACAAGGCUGUCUCCUUAAACAGAGAUCUGGGACAGAUCCUAUAAUGAACACUCACCAUGAGGCUGAUCAGAUUACGGGACGACGUGGAACACCUACAUUUGAGAUUAAAGAUUGCCCAUUACACGCUCAGCUUGGGCUUGCAUACGACGCACCCAUGCCCUAUUUAGUGCUCCGCUCAGUCCUGAUCCUGUUAUAGUCUCUACCUCAUAUAUGAGGUCAUGAAUGUAAUGUAAAUAUCGCAUAUAUAUAUAUUCAUCAGCUUGCUCUAUUAUUAAUUCUCUUUCUCCUGCUAUAUUACACUGCAGAGCUCCUAUAUGUGCAGGAUAGAACAUCCUUGCACGUGCAUUCAGAUUUUGAAGCUGCAGUCACAGAAAUGAGUCACAGUUUUGCAUAAAGCGAACACAAUGACAUUUACAUUUCUUUACUGGCAACCUGCAGCUAAAUGGUAAAUUUUAGAAUACCAGAAGGAUGGGAUGCAUCUAAUAUUCAAUUCAAACAACUGAAGACCACAUUUACUUGUUGGGGAUCCUUAAUUUGCAAUCAGAGCAGCCCAGAUUAUUUCAGCAUGGACUCACAUGUGGCAGACUCAUUAGCUCAACAUUUAUUUUAUGAACUCCACUCCAGCAUAGUAAAACAAAAACAGGUGUCAGGAUGCUGUUUACCCUACCUGUUAUGUAACUUAAAAAUAGCAACAUCAGACAGUUUUUGCCUCUUUUUAGGUGGCAGGAGUGAAAAUUAGUCAUCCUCAGUAUUCGCUGUGUUGUGGUUUCAGAAUGACGAAGGCAGCUGGAGAACAAUAAGAUACAAAACAGGAUGUAGGCUCUACAGCAGUGAACCUCGGACUACGGGCCAGAUGGGGUGCCGGCUGGCCGACCGACUAUUUUCUAAUUCACAGUGGAAAUAAAUUAAAUCACACUGGGAUUUUUUUGUAAUUUGAGUGUUAAUAAGGUGCCAGAAUGUAUUUAAAAAUGAUCUGAAUUGUGCUUAUCUAUCAAAAAAUAAAGUGCCCCCGACCCCCUCAACAGAGUUUCAGAAACACCCCUGCAUGUACCUGAUCUGUGCAGGGCUGCUACGUCUGAAUCUCCCUUUUGGCAGAGAUAAGUGGGGACAGUUAACAUCACAAAGUUGAGGCUAUUCAUUCAUUAUAUAUACUGAACAAUAUGUUUAAUGUCCGUUUAUUAAUUGGGCCCUGGCCUCCUGUCAUUUUGCAAAUGUGACCCCCGGGCAAAACAGGUUGAAAAGCCCCACUCUACAUUUUUUUCCCAAAUGAUAAACAGAUUUUUAUGUGUUCUAUUUUCUCAGAUGGCUUGAAAAAUAGUGCAUAAAGCUGCUGUAAAUAGCACAAAAAAUCUCCUGAGGGGGUUGGGCUGAGCCCCCAGUGUUUACAACAUCUGGCUCCACCCCUGCUGCAUUUAUAAUUCUACUUAAUGGGGCCCUCUGUUUAAUUGUCAGAAACGCAGCUAAUCUGUUUCAUCAUGUCUACAUAGUAGUGGUCGACCAAUAGUGGAUAUUCAUUCAUUUUCCUAUCCCAGCUGACAUUAAGCGAGAGGCAGGGUUCACCCUGGACAGGUCGCCAGACUAUCACAGGGCUGACACAUAGAGACAGACAACCAUUCACACUCACAUUCACACCUACGGACAAUUUAGAGUCACCAAUUAACCUGCAUGUCUUUGGACUGUGGGAGGAAGCCGGAGUACCUGGAGGAAACCCUGUUGACACGGGGAGAAAAUGCAAACUCCGCACAGAAGGGCUCCCACAACCUGGGUUCAAACCAGGAACCCUCUUGCUGUGAGGCGACCACAGCACCACCCUGCCGCACAGUGGAUAUUUAAAGACCAAUAUAAUGACGAUAGCUGUGCACAAGAAAACGUCAGUAGCCAAUUAAUCAUUUAAUUUUUAACAAGGGCCUCUAAUUUGAAACGGGAAGCUGCAACAUUCACUCAUUGGACUCAUAGACGUUUGCUCUAGCAUUGAUAGUGCUACAGUGCUGGAGCAGCUGUCGUGGUCGAGCCAAAAAGUUAUGGAUAUACAUGUGAAAAUGAGGAACAGUAGACACAGCAGAGGGGACCUGCUUUCUCAACCUGCUCCUCUGAAGUCGUCAAAAUCCAGCACUCGGGCAGGGACUGAGUAUCAGUCACUUACGAACAAAGUCAUCCUUUCACGUCAGCAUGAUACGCGGCCAGUCGCUGUUAUAGUUUAAAGGUGCUUGGCGGUGUCAGGGGGAAACGCCGUGGGACAAGAAGGAAAGUUAAGGUGACGAAAGUCCAUGUAGGGCAGGCAGGAGGGGUGGUGAAUGGGUCCAACAAACACCGACUUUCACCUGGGAGAGCAGUGUCCCGUAAGAUUAUAAAGCUAAACCCUGUUCUUUUUUCCUAAACCUAACUACGUGCAUUCGGAAAAAUCUUUAUUUUGAAAGAGACUGUAUGUAAACAGUAUAUUUCCUGUGAAAACAGAAGUGUAUUUUGGAAGAAGACAAUGCUUGACACAGCGUCCAAGAACGUCAAGAACCAACACACCCAGAGUACCUUUCAUGUCGUGUCUGGACGUGGAAAGUCCAUGAUCAAGACAUCGAUACGUGACGAGGUCGGAGUGAGAAUGUGUCGGCUUUCUCUGGAUCCGUGCCCACUAAUCAUUUAACACAACCCUGCCUUCUUUAGCUCCAGUUGGUGAUGUACAUCCCCACAAUACUGGUGACCACUACACAACUAUCGGCCACCUGCAGAUUUGUGUUAUUUGAGUAAAUGUUCUUUCCACCACUGCUGCACGUGCAGUACAUGUGGAUGGUCCAUGUUUAUCUACCCGAGCAGUUACAGCAGGAACUGAGGCAUCCAUCCAAGUUCGACAUCCAACCAUCCGUCACGGUGAUAAGUGGAGCCAUGUCUGUCUGACAUCCGUCACACAUCUCAGUAGUGGGUAGAGAGCCUUCCAGAAUAUCUGAUUAAUCUUUGCUAAGCUGUCGUUUGAGUGAUACCAGCAGGAGAGUAAGUGGCUCGCAGCUCGAGCGGUGGUCCGGGGGUCCCGGUUUGAGCAGCUGCUCGGGUGUUUGAUGGAAGGUGAUGGCAGUUUAUCACCUCCCUGGAGCGGGAAAAGCGCAGAGGUGCAUCUAAAAAACAAAAGUGUUCACUGUUGCUAUCUGCUCGGCAUGCACUUUAAACAUCAGGAACAAAGUUCUCAUAAACCAAUCCGCUGUCCCCGCGGCUGUUGCCAAGUCGUUGGACAGAUGAGAACAAAAAGACGUUCCUGUAUCAGGCGUUGUCGAGGAGGACGUGGAUGAUGUGAGAGAAUGUGGGCUUAUGAUAGAACAGGAGGGGUUGUUUGUUGACAGCGAAGGAGAACGGCUGUCAUGCAUGUGAGGGAGGAGAGAAGCUGAUAGCCCCCGAGGUGUACACUUUGUACGUAUGAAACAGAUAAGCUUGUCUUUGUCGUCAUGGCUACUCAUACAGGGGAUUGAUAGAGAGGGAAGACGGGGGAGGACAAGGUGGGGGCUUGUCAGUGACAAAAUCCAAAGCUAGAGGAUCACUGCAUGUGGACCAUGUUUGGAGAAGUCACAGCCGUUCCUCGCAGGUCAGCCAAGGGUUCUGCUGCAGGAAUUUGAGAGUCCCAGACGAAUCCUGCCGCCUGGUGUAAACACAGUGUGAUACAGCGCUGUUUACCAUCCCUCCUGCGCCUUUUUUUUGCGUCUCAUUCUCAUGUUGUGGAUCCACCGUCUCUCACUUUGUGGGUAUUACAAGCACAAUGCACACAUGCUCAUGUACAGAACAUGCAUUGUGAUCAUCUGUCUCAUGUGACUAAAAUAAACAUUGUCUCCUUUGUCAUCAACAAAUCAUAAUGUGCCGUCAGAGCUAGCUGGGCUCCUCUUCAUACGGCUUAUGUCAAAGGGCUAAACUCCUUUUACGGAGUACAUAUGACAUGUAACGUUUAUCAGAGACGACUUCAAAUUCAAGGUUUCCCUGGAUUCACUCUUGGGGCCGUUCGCCGGGAAUAAUCUCAGCAAUCGUGUGCAUGCAGCCGGUGCAUGCUGGGAGAAUUUUAUCAGACAGAAAAAUAUAUAAACAUAUAUCGCCAGAUUGUACGGAGCAAUUUGAAGUGCCUUAUCCAGAGUAACAUAAACAAAUUGCUCUUUUACCCUGAAAUCCCUGUUGUGUCUGUCUGUGCUGGAAGGUGUAGAUGCUGUUCAUGGGCGGAUUAUGAGACAGGGGGCCCCUGGGCACAGAUAUGGAAAAGGGCCCCACCACCUCUUCAACGUAGGGGCAAAACACACAGAUUCUGUGGUUGUCUUGGCUCUUUUUAGUGGUUUGUGUGUCUUCGUAGUGGUUAUGUGUCUCUUUAAGGCCAUUUUGUGUCUUCUUUGGUCAUUUGGUGUCUCUGAGGUUAUUUUUUGUCUCUUUGAGGUAAUUUUUGGGUUUUCUUUGGUCAUUUGGUAUCUCUUUGAGGCUAUUUUUGUCUCUUUGAGGUCAUUUUGUGUUUGAGGUAAUUUGGGGAUUUUCUUUGGUCAUUUGGUGUCUCUUUGAGGCCA